AUUGUGCAUGUUGUGGACUAUAUUACAAUCAUGAUAGUUUUUGGACAUUAAUUCAGGAGUAUACUCUGGACAGAAAAGAAUUACUACUAAAAUAAUUGGAAAUGUGUUGUAAUAAGUGUCCAUGAAAAUGGACACACCUAAAAAGCUUUGUUACAACUUCAUAAUUUUAGUCACUAUAUUUUUAAUGUAUGCGCCAAUGUCAGAAGUGACAAAAGCUUUACAAGUGGACCGAUGUCCGGAAGUUUUAGGCUAUACCUUUGUAUGAAAUUGACAAAAAUUACAGCCAAUUUAUAUUACUUUCAUCUUUUGUCAGAUAUAAACACUAGCAUAUUUCCAAAUGAGAGAGCAUUUAUGUCAACUGAUAAUGACCCAAUGAGUAGUACUGUGUGUCAAUACACAGAUUCACCGAAAAUUCGCACCUUAAGAAGACAAGGCACCAGUGACGUUUUGCCAAAUGAUGCAUCCUUGUGUGAACCAUGGGACAGUGCCUGUGACGUGGAUGCCGCUUGUUCUUUGCCUGAAGAACUGCAGGGAACAUUGUGGGAAUAUAAUUACACAAAAAUAUCAGACAAUUCAGAACAAUCAACAACUCUCAACAUUGUAACUACAACGAUACAAGAUUCCAUCAGUUUAAAUGCUUUUGGGACAACAUUGGACGAUUGGACUUGCAUCAAUAGUUUAAACAUCUCUAACGCACAGACUGUUUUGGUUUUCAAAAGUGACACAAGCUUUACUAGUAAUCCUUUCGGAGGAAGCAGACGGCUAUAUCUUUGUAUGAAAUUAACAAAAGUAACUGCCGAUUUAUUUUACUUUUAUCUUUUGUCAGAUGUUUUCACUGAUGUUGAUCCGGACGAAAGAGUGUUUGCGCCAGAAGAUAGUAGUGCUCCAAAUGAUAACGAACCAACGUGUAGCACCUUCUGUCAAUACACAGGCUCCCCGAAAAUACGCACAUUGAGAAGACAAGGCACCAAUGACGCAUUGCCAAAUGAUGCUUCCUUGUGUGAACCAUGUGGCAGUGCCUGUGACGUGGCUGAUAAAUGCAACCCAAACCCUUGCCAGAACAAUGGCACUUGUAAUGAUUUGACGGACAGCUUUAACUGCACAUGUGCUCUUGGAUGGUUGGGGGAUAAUUGUACGACAGCGGUGACAUGCGACUACCCGGACACAGUGCCUCAUACCACGAAUGUAACAAGCGGGAACGGACUAGAUGAUACCAUAACGUUGUCUUGUUCUGUAGGAUAUAACAAAAAUUCUGGAGAUGCAGUGCUUACUUGUAAAUCUGAUAGUAAUUGGGAAGGAUCUCCAAUUAUCUGUUUGCCAGUGACAUGUCCGAAUCCUUCAGCAGUUGUCUCUGCCACAAUAUUGGUACAGACUGGUUCAAAUUAUCUUGACACAAUAGAAUACAAGUGCAACACUGGCUAUGAACUAUCUUCUGGUAAUUUGGUACGGACGUGUAAGGAGGGUAAACACUGGGAUGGAAAACCUCCUGUGUGUAAUGCCGCUUGUUCUUUGCCUGAAGAACUGCAGGGAACAUUGUGGGAAUAUAAUUACACAAAAGUUUCAGACAAAUCAGAACAAUCAACAACUCUCAACAUCGCAACUACAACGAUGCAAACUUCCAUCAGUUUAGACAUUUAUGGGACAAAAAUAGACCGUUGGACUUGCAUCAAUAGUUUAAACAUCUCUAACGCGCAUGAUGUUGUGGUUUUCAAAAGUGACAAAAGUUUUAUUAGUGAAAUUUUCGGAGCAAUCAGAUGGCUUUACCUUUGUAUGAAAUUAACAAAAGUAUCCGCUGAUUUAUUUUACUUUUAUCUUUUGUCAGAUGUUUUCAUUGGUGUUGAUCCGAACGAAAGAGUGUUUGCGCCAGAAUAUGGUACUCCAAAUGAUAACGAACCAACGUGUAGCACCUUCUGUCAAUACACAGGCUCCCCGAAAAUACGCACAUUGAGAAGACAAGGUACCAAUGACGCAUUGCCAAAUGAUGCUUCCUUGUGUGAACCAUGUGGCAGUGCCUGUGACGUGGCGGUGACAUGUGACUACCCGGACACAGUGCCUCAUACAACGAAUGUAACAAGCGGGAACGAACUAGAUGAUACCAUAACGUUGUCUUGUUCUGUAGGAUAUAACAAAAAUUCUGGAGAUGCAGUGCUUACUUGUAAAUCUGAUGGUAAUUGGGAAGGAUCUCCAAUUAUCUGUUUGCCAGUGACAUGUCCGAAUCCUUCUGCAGUUGUCUCUGCCACAAUAUUGGUACAGACUGGUUCAAAUUAUCUUGACACAAUAACAUACAAGUGCAACACUGGCUAUGAAAUAUCUUCUGGUAAUUUGGUACGGACGUGUAAGGAGGAUAAAACCUGGGAUGGAAACCCUCCUGUGUGUAAUGCCGCUUGUUCUUUGCCUGAAGAACUGCAGGGAACAUUGUGGGAAUAUAAUUAUACAAAAGUUUCAGACAAAUCAGAACAAUCAACAACUCUCAACAUCGCAACUACAACGAUGCAAACUUCCAUCAGUUUAGACAUUUAUGGGACAAAAAUAGACCGUUGGACUUGCAUCAAUAGUUUAAACAUCUCUAACGCGCAGGAUGUUGUGGUUUUCAAAAGUGACAAAAGUUUUACUAGUGAACUUUACGGAGGAAUCAGCUGGCUUUACCUUUGUAUGAAAUUAACAAAAGUAUCCGCCGAUUUAUUUUACUUUUAUCUUUUGUCAGAUGUUUCCAUUGGUGUUGAUCCGAACGAAAGAGUGUUUGCGCCAGAAUAUAGUGCUCCAAAUGAUAACGAACCAACGUGUAGCAAUUUCUGUCAAUACACAGGCUCCCCGAAAAUACGCACAUUGAGAAGACAAGGCACCAAUGACGCAUUGCCAAAUGAUGCUUCCUUGUGUGAACCAUGUGGCAGUGCCUGUGACGUGGUGCCAGUGACAUGUCCGAAUCCUUCUGCAGUUGUCUCUGCCACAAUAUUGGUACAGACUGGUUCAAAUUAUCUUGACACAAUAACAUACAAGUGCAACACUGGCUAUGAACUAUCUUCUGGUAAUUUGGUACGGACGUGUAAGGAGGGUAAAACCUGGGAUGGAAACCCUCCUGUGUGUACAAAAGUCACGUGUUCAAGUCCUUCUGCAGUUGCCUUUGCUACAAUAUCUGUACAGACAGGUUCAAAGUAUCUGGAUACGAUAACCUACACAUGUAACACAGGUUAUGAACUUGCAUCUGGUAAUUUGGUUCGAAUCUGUAAAGCAGAUAAAAUUUGGAAUGAUAGUCCCGUUUGCUCAAAAGUUACUUGUCCAAAUCCUUCUGCUGCUUCAUUUGCCUCAGUAUCAGUACAGACGGGUUCAAAGUAUCUUGAUACGAUAACAUACACAUGUAACACAGGUUAUGAACUCGCAUCUGGUAAUUUGGUUCGGAAGUGCAAGGAGGGUAAAAAUUGGGAUGGAAGCCCUCCACUUUGUACAAAAGUUACCUGUCCAAGUCUUGCACCGGUGGUCUUUACGACGAUAUAUUCACAAACUGGUGCGAAGUAUCUGGAUACAUUAACAUAUACAUGUAACACUGGCUUUGAACUAACAUCUGGUAAUUUGGUUCGCACGUGUAAGGAAAAUAAAAAUUGGAGUGGAAAGCCCCCAGUUUGCACAAUUACAUGCCCAGAUCCUGGCGUGAGUGAUCAUGUUACAAGGCAAUUGAAGGGAAAUAAUCCUACUGAAACCGUAGUGUAUAACUGUGAUUCCGGAUACGAUUAUUUCUCUGGCGAUGAAACAAGAGUAUGUGGGAACAAUGGUCAAUGGUCUGGCGGAAAGCUAGUAUGCAAAGCAUACCCAGCAAUGUCAAAUGAACAGAGUAAUUCUAUUAUUGCGGGAACUAUCAGUGGAGUAUUUCUCAUACUUGCAAUAAUUGUAAUUUGCUUAUAUUGUUGCUGUAUAGUGCGAAAACAGAAAAAGUAAAACAAUGAAAAACAGAAAGAAUUAAUUACCGAAAGAGAUGCACAGCUUUUCGAGACAAUACACUAUAUAUCAUCAACGCUACAAACAAGUUUACUAUUUGCUUUAACUUUAUUCAAGGGGCAGCCAGGGUAAUAGGAUACUCGGGAAAAAAAUUGUGUUCGAAAAAAUAAGUUGAGCGGAAAAAAAUGAAAUGGAACGAUUAUUCAUCCGCCACAAAUUAAAGAUAUCAGGAUAAAUGAUAAGAGAAAGAAAAGAAGUGAAAGACGUAAAGGAAUAUGAUACUUAUGUUGAAGAUUGUACAUCCAAUGCCAUUUCUCUUAUCAUAUAGUGCUUGAAUUUAGUGCUGCUGCAUUAUUGUGCUUUUUAUAGCUUUUCCUAUUCUCAUAGUUGUUUAUUAUCAUUAUCAUUUCAAAUGUUUCAUAAAGAAAUACAUAUUUACUAAAUUUAUCGUAAAACAAUCAGUUUAAAAUUAUUUUCUAGCAGAUUAAUUCUCAAAUAGAAUUCAAUUCAAGUUUAUACUGCAAUUACUCAAUUUUUAUACUUUGCGGUCGUAUAUUGGUUUCACGUCGUCGUCGUCGUCGUCCGAAGACAUUUGGUUUACGGACAAUAACUUAAGUAUUAGUAAAUAGAAAUCUAUGAAAUUUAAACAUAAGGUUUAAAACCACAAGAGGAAGGUUGGGAUUGAUUUUGGGGGUUAUGAUCCCAACAGUUUAGGAAUUAGGGGCCAAAAAGGGGCCCAAAUAAGCAUCUUCCUAUAUCUAUUUUUCUAGUUUCAUGACAAUAACUUGUAAAACAGUUUAUGGAUCUCUCUGAAAUUAUACCACAAGUUUCCAUACCACAAAAGGAUGGUUAGGAUUGGCUUUGGGGGGUUAUGGCUCAAACCGUUUAGGAAUUAGAGGCAAAAAAGUGAGAAAAAACAAGGGUGUCCUGGUUAAUGGACAAUUACUUAAGUACACAUUACAGUGUAAGGGAGGUAAUUCAAACACAACUUUGAAUUAUCUCCCUUACACUGCUUUUAAAUUAUGUAUAAAGAAUUUUUGUAUUGUCUUGAGGUGAUAACUGUCAAUUCAUUUUUUAAAAAAGGGGGAGGGGGUCAAUUCGCAACAGUAUAGUGUAUUGCACAAAGCAAAAAAUUGAAUAUAAAUUCAAAUCAUAUAACCAAUUCUAAGUUCUUUGACUACAGUUAUUCUGUGUCAGAAACCUAUUAUGUGUCAAAUAGUAUUACAAUCCAAAUUCAGACCUGUAUCAAGCGCGAAUAUUGUGUCCAUUUUUGCCCCAAAUGUUCAGGGUUGGACCUCUGCGGUCGUAUCAAGCUGCGCUCGGCGAAGCAAUUUAUUUAUACUGCAACAACCCAAUUUAUGCAGUCUCUGUAAUUGUAUUGAUUGUAAAAACGUAUGUGAUAUACAGUAAUAAUUCACUGCAUAAACGUGAACAAUAUGUUUCAAUUAAUAUAAAAUAAAAAUAUGUGGUAUGAU